AUGGAAUCUUGGAGUUAUGUUUCCAAUGAGAAUCAAGGUUCUGAAGAAAUGGGGUUUUGUGAAAUGUUAGGGAAACAAUUUUCAGAUGAUUUCAAUUUCAUUGGGAAUGUUUCAAGCAAGAAACUUGAUGCUAAAUUUGGUGACCCAAAUGGGUUUUCUUCAAAAGGGGGCUCAAUUUCCAAGCUUUCUAACUCUGUGAUGGAAACUAAUGGUUGGGAUUCUCUUAUAGAUUUGAAGCUGGGACAUUUUGGUGAUCAUGGUCAUGGAGGAUCUAUUUUGUCUUCUUGUGAAUCAUCAACACCUCCCAAGAGAGUGAGAGUGCAUUCACUUAAUGCAUAUUGUCAAGUUUAUGGCUGUAACAAGGAUCUUAGUUCUUGUAAAGAGUAUCACAAAAGGCACAAAGUUUGUGAGGUUCACUCCAAAACUGUUGUAGUCAUAGUGAAUGGAAUUGAGCAAAGGUUUUGUCAACAAAGUAGCAGGUUGUUUCAUUUGUUGUCUGAAUUUGAUGAUGGUAAGCGCAGUUGCCGUAAACGACUUGCAGGCCAUAAUGAGCGUCGCAGAAAACCACAAGCAGGCGUUCAUUCUGCGAAUUCCAUGAGAUUGUUUCAGCCAUGUGGUGAUAUAAGGUUCCACGGAACCAAGCCGCCACAAGCAUCUUUUAUCUGUCCGGAGGUGUUCUCGAAUGGUUUCUCGAGACUGAUUAAAUCAGAACAUGAAACUGGCUUUAGACCUUUAUCUUUUGUGCCUGUUGUGAAUGGUCAUCAUCAACCAAGGUCUUCGCUUGCUUCGUACAACGACAAACAAUUUCCCUUUCUUCAUGAAAAUGUUGCCACAUCCAUUACAGGUAGCAGCAUGUUCAGUGAAAACAAUAACCAUUAUGUACAUUUCGUUGGCAACACCUCAUUAGGAAGGGAAGACUUCAAUGCUUUUCAUGUAGCAUCAACUGUUCGAGGAUUAUCAGGAAUUUUGAUAUAUUGGUUACUUUGGUCUGUGAGGAACAGGAGUAUAUUUGGCCUCUUUUGA